ACGCGAACUGGAGCGAGAGCCAAGCAAGUGCCGCGGAGUCAACAACGAUGGCUCGAACCAAGACCAUGGGUCGAGGGGGCACCGUUGUCAAGGAGGAACCUCAGGUGAAGGCCGAACCAAUCGAUCCGGCCCAGGUAGCCUCCAAGAUUGCAUCCACCAACGUCCCCACCCAUCCAACGGUCCACGUCGAUGCGGCCCUUUCGUCCGAGGACCAAGCGAAAGAAGACGGGUUUGUCAAGAACAAGUGGCAACUCCUCCCGUACUUUCUGCAGCUGCGCGGCCUCGUCAAGCAGCACAUUGACUCGUUCGAUUACUUCACCGAAGUCGACAUGAAAAAGAUCGUUCGCGCGCAAGCAAACAACACCAUUCGGAGCGACCACGAUCCCAAGUUCUUCUUGACGUACACAGACAUCAACAUUGGGACGCCGUCGAUUGACGAAGACGCGUACGUAACGACUGCCGUGACACCGAACCAGUGUCGACUGCGCGACCGCACGUAUUCUGCGCCGAUCUAUGUCUCGGUCAAGUAUCGGUUGGGACCGAAGGUCGUGACAAAGAACAAGGUUCUGAUCGGUCGCAUCCCCAUCAUGUUGCGGAGUGCCAAGUGCGUGCUCAAGGACAAAGACGAAGCGGCGCUCGCGGCGCUCAAGGAGUGCCCAUACGACCCUGGCGGAUACUUUGUCGUAAAGGGGUCCGAGAAAGUCGUGUUGAUCCAUGAACAAUUGUCCAAGAAUCGCGUCAUCCUUGAAGAAGAUCCCAAGCGCAACGUAUGCGCCUCCAUCACGUCGUCCACACACGAGCGCAAGUCGCGCACCAACAUCUUCCUCAACAAGGGCCGCGUCUAUCUCAAGUCCAACUCGUUCGUGGACGACCUCCCGAUCGUGAUUGUGUUUCGCGGCAUGGGGCUCGUGAGCGAUCAGGAAAUCGUGUCGUUGAUCGGGUGCGAGGCCGAUGUAACGGACCAUUUCGCUGCGUCGCUCGAGGAAGCGUCCGACUUGAAAGUGUUUACGCAGACGCAAGCGUUGACGUACAUUGGGAACAAGAUGAAGUCGCGUGGCGGGAGCCAAAAGGUCACGGAUGCCGCGCUCGAUGCCCUCGUCAUGGUGCUCAACCACAUUCCGUGCGAGGACUUUAACUUUCGCAUGAAGUGCAUCUACGUCGCGCACAUUGUCCGCCGCGUCAUCUUGACGGACAAGGACCGAUCGCGCCUGGACGACAAGGAUUACUACGGAAACAAGCGCUUGGAACUGGCCGGCCAGCUCCUCUCGCUUCUCUUUGAAGACUUGUUCAAGAAGUUCAACAGCGACUUGAAGCGCCAGGCCGACAUGGUGCUCAAUAAACCAAACCGCGCCACGGUCUUUGACAUCAUCAAGUGCAUCCGCACCGACACGAUCACGUAUGGAUUCAUCCACUGCCUGUCGACCGGCAAUUGGACGCUCAAGCGCUUUCGCAUGGAUCGGGCGGGCGUGACGCAUGUGUUGUCGCGACUGAGUUUUAUGUCGGCGCUGGGCAUGAUGACGCGCAUUAGCAGCCAGUUUGAAAAGACGCGCAAGGUGUCAGGCCCGCGAUCGCUCCAGCCGUCGCAGUGGGGGAUGCUCUGUCCCGCUGACACACCCGAAGGCGAAGCGUGUGGGCUCGUGAAGAAUCUGGCGCUGCUGUGCCACGUCACGAGUGACGAAGAGCCCGAGCCGAUUCGUCGGCUCUGCUUUGACUUGGGCGUGAACGACGUGUGCUUGUCGUCCGGUGAAGAGAUCAAUCAUCCGACGACGUACCUCGUCAUGCUCAACGGGAUCAUCAUCGGCACGCACGUCGACCCCAAGGUGUUUGUGAGUCGCCUGCGUCGCAUCCGUCGCGCCGGUCUCUUGGGUGAAUUCGUCUCGGUGAUGCUGCACGACGUCCAGCGCGUGGUGUACAUCGCAUCGGACGGCGGGCGCGUGUGCCGUCCGCUGCUCUUGGUCGACGCGGCGACCCAAAAGCCGCGGUUAACGCAGCGCCAGAUCACGGAGCUCCAAACGGGCGUCCGCACCAUCAGCUCGUUGAUCAAGGAAGGCGUCGUCGAGUACGUGGACGUGAACGAAGAGAACAAUUGUCUCGUCGCGCUGCACGAGCGCGACAUCGACGUGAAGACGACGCAUUUGGAAAUUGACCCGGUCACGAUUCUCGGCGUCGUAUCCGGGUUGAUUCCGUACCCCCACCACAACCAGAGUCCGCGCAACACGUACCAGUGCGCCAUGGGGAAGCAAGCGAUCGGAACGAUCGGGAUGAACCAGUUUGAGCGCAUCGACACGCUGCUGUACACGAUGGUGUACCCACAGGCCCCCAUGGUCAAGACUCGGGUGCUGGACCUGGUCAACUUUGACCAAGUCCCCGCCGGCCAAAACGCGACCGUCGCGGUCAUGAGUUAUAGCGGGUACGACAUUGAAGAUGCCAUCGUGUUGAACAAAGCGAGCCUCGACCGCGGGUUUGGCCGGUGUAUGGUGUUCAAAAAGUACCAGACCGUCGUCAAGCGAUAUCCCAACAACACGUACGAUCGCAUCGUCGGUCCUCCAGACUUUGAAGGAUCGUCGUUCCGGAACCAGCGGUAUGCGUCGUUGGAUGCGGAUGGGAUUUGCCGCGUCGGCGGCCAGGUCGUCAGCGGCGGCAUCAUGGUCAACAAAGAAUCCCCCGCCAAUGUCGACAUCAGCAUCACAAGUGAAGUCCAGGACGUGAGCUACUCACCGUCUCCGGUCUCGUACAAGAACGCGACGCCUGGCUACAUCGACAAAGUUAUGCUCACGUCGUCCGAGUCGGAUCAGUUCCUCAUCAAGGUGCUCGUGCGCCAGACGCGCCGCCCCGAAAUCGGCGACAAGUUUUCCAGUCGGCACGGGCAAAAGGGCGUGUGCGGCACCAUUCGCAACCAGGAAGACAUGCCGUUUAACGACCUUGGGAUGUGCCCCGACUUGAUCAUGAACCCCCAUGGGUUUCCGAGUCGCAUGACAGUCGGGAAAAUGAUCGAGUUGGUGGCGGGCAAAGCCGGCGUGUUGAGCGGGCGUCGCGCGUUCGGGACGGCCUUUGGCGAAGACUACGGCACUGCAGACCGCGUGCUUGACUGCUCCAAGGAGCUUGUCAGCCACGGAUUCAACUACGCGGGCAAGGACUACCUCACGUCGGGUGUGACGGGGGAGCCCAUCUUGUGUUACAUUUUCAUGGGCCCGAUUUACUACCAGAAGCUCAAGCACAUGGUGAUGGACAAGAUGCACGCGCGUGCACGGGGCCCCCGUGCCGUACUCACACGCCAACCGACCGAAGGCCGUGCCCGCGAUGGGGGGUUGCGUCUCGGCGAAAUGGAGCGCGAUUGUUUGAUUGGGUACGGCGCGAGCAUGCUCCUGCUCGAGCGGUUGAUGCUGAGCUCGGACGCGUUCACGGCGAACGUGUGCCAGGGGUGCCAGAUGCUCGGGUACGAGGGAUGGUGCCAGUACUGCAAGUCGGAAGAAAAGGUUGUCGACAUCCGCAUCCCAUACGCGUGCAAACUGCUCUUCCAAGAACUCCAAGCCAUGAACAUUGCCCCUCGGUUAACCUUGCAAGAGUAUUAAGUAUCAUACAACGUCGAAGAUCUCGGCAGUAUCAUGCAGCGUUUUUGCAGCCCUCCCAUCGCGGGUGGAGACUCACCCGCUCGGCAUAGCAGGGUCGUGCACGUUACGGGUCAUACAUCGCCCCACCAAUCGGAACCAUGUUCGAACGCCUGGCAGAUCCCAUGAUGCGCAGAUCAUGGCUUACACAGCCGAACUCCGACGGCGGCGAUGUACGUACAGUCGUCGGUGGCCGUGCCAGACGGACCGACGUGAGGUCCGCCGCCCCCUCUCGACCUGGACUUUGGGUUUCGUAACCGCCACCAUACUUUCUCGGGCACUUUGCCGUUUGGUAAAGUUUCCAAGAACAACCCAAAAUCUUUC